AUGGUUUCUGAGGAAACCAAAGCAAAGAAGCAAAGAAAGGAGGAAUGCAUUAUAAACAGUCUCCCAGGAGACCUCAUUGAGCGGAUAUUUUUGAGGCUUCCAGUCAGCACUUUGUUGAGGUGCGUCGGUGUCUGCAAGCACUGGCACAACUUCAUCUGGGAUCCACAGUUUGCCGCAUCACACCUCCAGUGUGCGCCUCGAGAUGCCCUUCUGUUCUUCCCGCAAAAGUCGGCCUCAGGCAAGCCCUACCCUAGUGAUGCUGUCCUGAUUGACGAAGCCUGGUCGCCAUCGACAUAUGCAGUGCCAGUGAUUGGGCCUGAUGACUUCCUUUUUGGUUCAUGCAAUGGACUCCUGGGCUUAUACACAAAGACAUCAACUAUCAAGAUAGCUAACCUUGCAACUGGUGAAUGUCUCCACCUUGAGAAACCUGCGAAGAAUGUUAAGGGUGAUCACUUCUCUUUCUACAGCUUUGGAUUUCAUCCCGUGACAAAAGAAUACAAGAUUACACACUUCCUUGGUGAUUGUGUCGAGGGUCGCCCCCAUAAUAAAGACAGGUUCAGUGUCAUUCAGGUCUACACACUUAGUGAUGAGAAAUGGAAAGAUAUCCGAACCCCAGAAGCUCUUAGCUUGAUCACUGUGAGAAACUCUGGAGUUGUCAAUGUUGAUGGCAAAAUGUAUUGGUUAACUGAAGACAUGUUAGCUAGCUGGCAGCAUGCAGUUAUUUCCUUUGAUCUCAGGGAAGAAAGUUUUGCAACGAUACAACUGCCGGCAGCAUGUGAAGAUCAUGAUCGUUAUGGUCCUCGGAAGUUCUGGAUCAGAGAUAUGGAUGGGAAAAUAUGUAUAGUAACUGCUCAAACAAGUCGUUAUGAUCCCGGAGCUCUUCUUGGUGAGCUGCAGAUAUGGACACUAGACAACACGGUAGAGCAACAAAGGUGGAGCCAGAAGUACAAUAUUAAGCACACACCAAAGUAUAUUCCAGGGCCACAUUUUGUCCACAGGGAUAGGAUCCUCACACAACUUUGCAGCAAUAAUGUAUAUUCGUGUGAGUUGUUCGGUGAGAACUUUGAUGUUAACCAGAGUAAGUGGGUACACCUGUUAGAUUUCAGUCCCCGCAAGCCGUACAACAUGCAAUCCUACAUUUGUGUGAAGUCACUUGUACGUUUAGAUGUCUACAAGAAGGCAGGCAUUGUACGUAGACCAAAACAGCGGGAAGGCUGGGAAUUGAAGAAGUGGGAGACAUGGAAGUGUAUGCUUGACAAGGAUGCGGAUAUGCGGAGCCAGAUCCACAAAUUUGAGCAUGACUUACUUGAACUCGUGGAAACAUCGAGUAAAAUGUGCAAGUUUUUGCAGAAUAAGCAAUAUAACAUUGCAGAACAUGUACGCACGGAACUCAAUCAGGUGUUGCAGCGUAAACCAGAUAAUCCAGAUCAGCCAUUGUCCAUCCGGAGGCUUAAUUGGGUGGAGCAGAAUCGGGAGCAGCUGAAGUUAAUGGCUCGUUUAAGUAAGAUAAAACACAUGAUUAAGGUCGUGAAGCAGGCAAUGGAUAACAUCUCUAGUAUUAGAAUAUUGGAUCAGGUUUCAUCUGUAGCCUACCCUAACUUGCUUGGGACAAAAGGUUUUGUUGUUGUUGUUGUUGUUAUUGUUGUUGUGCAUAACCUGGCCACCGAAGCUGAGGUCGAGGUGGUGCCCCCUGGAGAUGUCUUCAUGACCCGCAGAUGGGGUGAGGUCGCCCGAGCCUGCCGCGCCUGCCGCGCCGAGGGAACCCUCGCGAUCCACUUUGAAUAUGAUGGCGCAUCCACCUUAUUCUUCAAGGUCUUCGAUGAGGAGGGCCGACGGCUGGAGUGCUUCCCUGGAGGAAGCAACCUGCAGGGUGCAGCCGUGGGCACUGGACCUACUUCCGUCCCCUUCGGCGCCUCUUCCAGCAGCAGCGACGACUCCUGGGAAUCCAGCAACUCUCCUGAGCCCAGCGAGUCCCCGGAGUCUAGCGAUGAUAGCUAUGUGCCGCCAAGCUCCUGCCAUGGUUGGAGCAUGGCGGCGGCUGUCGCUCGGCGUUGUCGGUGA